GAACACAUUGAGUGAAGAAAGUCUUGAGCAUUCUCUGCAGGGACAGUAGGUCAAAGAGGCAAAUCUGAAGGUGACUCUGCAGCUUUUGCAGCUGUCGAUCAGGAGUUACUGAGGUCUCUGUGUCCGUCUCUUGCUGGCGACUGGUGUUGUUACUGUCUGUCCGUCCAGAGCGGAGAAAGCUGAACACAGAGGGCCAGAAAAAGUGGCCUUAACAGAGUUUGUUGUGUUUGGGUCACAGCUGGUUUUCUGCAGCCGGUUACAGGUGUAAAGGCUUCUGGUGGUGAUUCCAAGUCCACCGUGUCAUGCAAGCUUGGGAUUGGACAAGAGCUACUGAGAGUGUAAAAACAAGCCAAACAAAAAUGCUGGGAAAAGGACAGGGUGGCGGAUACGUCCCUGAGAUGAACGAAGCACUGCAGAGCAUAAGAGCACCAUCACUGGACAGCACAGAGAAAAAGGGCCUUCAGGCAGGUGUUCAGCUACCAGGCAAUGUGCAGACUGGACCUCAGCAGCAGAACCAGCUCCUCCUGACGCCAGCAAGCCUCCAGCUCGCUCAGCUCCAGGCCCAGCUCACCCUCCAUCGACUCAAACUGGCUCAGGAGGGAAACACGGCCAACGCUGCAAGCAUCCUCAAUCAGUUAAUCUCCAAUGUCAACAUGUCACAGCCUAUGUUAAAUCAAUUAAGGAAUUCAUCUCUGGUCGGUAAUCCACAGGGGGCUUUCCCCACUAGGAUGAUUGGUUUCCCUUCUUCAAACUCAGUUGUUGGGACCUUGGUGGGUGGGGGAUUCAACCAAAACUCAGGGAAUGUGAGACUGGAUCAUCCUGGUGGAGGGGGGGGUAAAGGUCAACACGGUGGGGAGUAUGGAAAAAAGCCUGGAUCAGCUUACUCCUCUGGCACGGACAGAUGUGUUCAGUACAGCUUACCUGGAGGAACGUCUGCUGAAGAACAGUACACAGGGAUUCAAUCUCAGGCCAAAAACAUGAACAACGUUGGCUUUCACAGAGACUUUUAUGGGCAGGACAUGCAGGCAGAGCCGGCUGGGUUUAUCUCCAACGAGCAAAUGAACUCCACUGCACACAAGGAGCAAUGGAAAGGCCAUAACAACUUAAACCAGACUGGGACGGUGAACAUGCCUUCAAGCAAUGCGACAGCACGGCCUUCAGCUGGGCAACCGAUUUGGCUCAGGACAGAACUAUACAACCCAGAAGAGCCGACCCCUGAACCCAAGCUAAACUGCUACGGCGGGGUUUCCUCUUUUGGCUCCAGCAGCACUCAGGGCUUCGGAAACUACCAGGCUCUGCACGGAGCUCAGGAAUCCUUACCGUCAGCUACUAGGACCCUACAGCCCCAUCAAGUCAGCGAUUAUUGUGGCGUCACACCCUCUCAGCUGCCACAUCAGUGCAGCAUCUGCGACAAAAAGGUCUAUAACCUCAAGGACUGGGACCAGCAUGUGAAGGGAAAACUGCACCUGCAGAAUCGAACUUUGUAUGCUGCUGACAGCUCAACAGCAGCAUCGGCCGGAGCCCCUCAGUAUGCCGUCGGCAGGUCAUCUGAGGGAAGUCUGAACACUGGAGGGACGAAUCCCACAACCUGCCCCAAAGCAGGUCAAGAUGUUUGCUCAGGAACCAACGUGCAAUACUUGCCAGCUGGAGCCAUGAAAACUUAUCCUGCAUCAGACGGAGUAUUUGCCUCCCACCAGCCCGACUCAACGCCCUUUCCACCAAGAAAAGCCUCUGCAGGCCGAGUUGUUCACAUCUGCAACCUGCCUGAGGGCAGCUGUACAGAGAAUGACGUCAUCAACCUGGGAAUACCGUUUGGAAAAGUCACCAACUACAUUCUAAUGCGCUCCACCCAUCAGGCCUUUCUGGAGAUGGCCUAUGUUGAGGCAGCUCAGGCCAUGGUUCAGUACUAUCAACUAAGUCCUGCCACCAUUAACAAUCAGAAACUCCUCAUACGAAUGUCUAAGAGAUACAAGGAGCUGCAGCUUAAGAAGCCAGGUAAAGAUGUUCAAUCAAUCAUCCAGGAUAUUACCUCACAGCAGGAAAGGGAUAAGAUGCAAGAGUUUGAACACUAUCUUCCAGACAGAGCACGCUCUCGCAGCCCCAUCAGCCGCUCUCUGAGUCCUCAUUCCCACAGUCCCAGUUUUACAUCAUGCAGCUCUGCCCACAGUCCCCCAGUGGCACCAUGCAGGGGUCCGGACAAGGGCAGUAAUGGCCUAAGCCCUCACCGGGGUUCAAGAGACUGGCCAUCCCAUAUGAGAAGGGGGGAGGAAGAAAGGGAGCGUGAUGAUCCAUGGAGGAAUGGUGGAAACAUGGGUGACAAUCAACCUAAUGGGAGGACAGCAGACCGUCGGAGGAACUACCACAAACAUCUGGGUCAUCCCGGCUUCAGAUCUGCAGAUGGACAUGGAAGUGGUGAAGCACCAAGGAGCGGCAGAGAGUGGCACCAACGGGACAGUCCUCUAGGCUCAUCCUUCAGCUCUUACAGGAACAUGGAGGAUGAUUUAUUCAUGGAGUCAUCAUACAAGUCAGGUAAACCACCGAGGACAUCUCAUCAUAGACAUGACACAAAGUCAAGGCGAAGGGAUGGGGACCACUCUGGUCGGUCAAGGCAUUCUGAAGUUGAGACAACGGAUGGGCCUCGGUGUCGAACACCAGAGGACAAGAGGCAGAGUUCAUCUGGAAGAGACAGGAGCAAAAACCCAAGCAAGAGACACACUGAGAAACAGGGGAAAGAAAAUGGUGACGACAAGUUCAAAGAAAACUCUGUUUUGCCUCAACAAGGGAGCAAGUCAAAAGAGGCUACUGAAAGUGACAAAAACACAGAGACUCAGAAUGUUGUGGAAAGUGUUGAAGAUACAGAUGAAGAAUGCUGGUACCCGAAAAACAUGGAGGAGCUAGUCACUGUCGAUGAAGUGGGAGGAGAAGAUGAUAACAUCGUUGAGCCAGAUAUCUCUGAGCUUGAAGAGUUUACUUCAUGCCACAAAAAGCCUACAGUUGAAGAACUAGAAGAGAAGCAUGUUUCACCAUCAACGCCCCCAACAGAGUUACAGGAGCCAGUUGACCAUGCACCUAAACUGGAGGAGUCUUCAGAGGAUAAAGGAGUGGAAGCAUCAAAAGCUGAAGCAGACAAAGCAGCAGAUAUAACCCCUUCACCCAGUCUUGACAGCAAGCAAGCAAAUUCAGAAACAACCGAUCAUAAAGUUGCUGACCUCAGCAGCUUCCCCAAUGAAGAGUUUAAAGCAGCACUCGAGGAAACUUGCUCAGAGGACACCAAAUUCCCCAACAACGAGGCACCAGAUGAACCAAUGGAAAAUCAUGUAUGUUUAGCAAAGGACAAUGAAUGCCAGGAUGAAAGAGACACCUCAGAAAAAAUACCAUUGGAAGUUCAACUGCAAGAUGCCAAUCUAAAAAGAGAAAUAGAAGCUCCCUCACCGUCUCUGCAUCAAGACAAAGCUGUCAGUGAACUCAGCAUACCUUUGGGUAAGUACAUUAUAACACAUUAA